GUUGAAGUUAACGUUCGUUCGUUACAGUGUUGUUUUAGCGCGAGUAUUGAGAUUAAGUGUAUCGCAGAGUUAUAUUCGGAAAGAAUAAACCAGUUUUAUUAAGUAAAGACUUGUGUCGUUAAAGUUUCGUUGGAACGUAGUUACGGAAAAAUCAAUUAACAAACGGAGACGUAACAAUACCAAUGAUUGGCAAUUUAUCUCACUGAACGCAUUUAUUGCCCACGUGAAACUUUUUGUUUUAUUGGCUGAUUAGAUAGUUUGUAUAAGAAUUUAUUAGUCUGUGCAAAUAAGAAAUAAAGUACUAAAAUCUUAAUAUAAAAUAUACAAUCAUACUUAUUUAAUAAAACGUAUACAGUAUCAGUAAUUAUUGAGAUAGCUAAUUUCCAAUAUCAAUUUUUAUAGGUUGUGUGGCCGAACAAUAUAUUGCUUUAAAACACUAGAGAGUAGUAAAUAUCAGAUAUGAAACCCGUGUUAUUAUGAUUAGCUAUUAAGGCCUUAUCGUAGAGUUAUACUUACAGCGAGUUUCGUUAAUUUUAUUUGAUACAAUUUAUCAAGAGGCAACUAUAUUAAUUACAAUAGCUUAUCGAGGCUUAGCGUUUGCCUGGAUAUUGCAAUUACGAUGAGAAAGAAAAUAAAGAAGGUUGCCAUAGAAAUAUCGGAUGUCGGCAUCAAUGACAUUCCUGAAAAACUCGGAAGUGUAAAUGAUAUUCUGAAUGAAGGAAUCUUGGACAGUACGGAAAUGAAUGAGGCUUGUCAGGCCAUAUGGGAUUACAACAUUUUUAGCUUGAUUGUCUCUGUAAUUAAACAAGAUUUUUCUAAAAUUAAUGGAUCUUGGGAAACUGCUGUUAAACUUAUAAGCAUCUUAAAGAAAAUUAUCUCAGUUUUUCAACCAGAAGAUAAAGAGACAGACAGGGCUUAUAAAGCUCAGUUAACGUUGACUACUGACCGUAUCCUAGCUGCAGCAGGUCGAUAUAUAACUACUGUUAAAAAGGAAGUGUCCAAGGACAGUACGGAAUACCAGGUUUUGUCCUGUAUGUUUAAAACCUUAAACGUUAUUGCGAAAGUUCAUCCUCAAGGGAUCACAGUUUCUCUCAGCUCCAAGAGAUUGUUGAGUCUGCUUAUGUCCAAUUCUGAUGAAGUUUACACAUUUUCAGCCAAACUACUGGUUUCUUUGCUUUAUUAUGGAAAGGACUUUGUCUCUUUGGUCAGUACAAGCACUCUACAACCUCUCUGGGACGAGGCAGUCUAUCAGAUUUAUACAUCAGAAAAUCCUUCUGUUGUCAAAUGGAGUAUUGAAGUUCUGUCUUGUGCUCUUCAAACAUUUGCACUCUCUGCACAUCACCUUACAACAAAUUGCAGUGAUCUUCUAGAGGUUCUUCAAAAAUGGCAAGGUAAAGGCUUUGACCAUAAAUUGCAAAAAUUACAGCAUCAUUUACAUAAAUGUCUGGAUGAUUCCCAAGCUAUUGAAAAUGAGAAACGACACAAGGCAGCAACAAAAAUACAAGCUGUGUACAGAGGGUACAGAAUUCGUAAACAGUUAAAGUUAGCUAAUUAUAAUCUGGCACGAUUACAAAGACACUACAGGCUUAAAAAGAGUAAUGAACAGGAACAGCAAUUGCAAAAUUGGCGGAAAGAGGAACAAAAAUUUGACUCAAAGAUUGAGCGGGCUCGUAGAUUACGGCUGUACCAUGAAAAGUGCUUUCAAGCAAUAAACUCUCUCCCUUCAGGAGAAGUGGACAACUAUCUUCAACUUCUUCAACAAGAGGCUGCUAUAAAGAUUCAGCGUGCUUGGAGACAUUUCCUCUGUCAUCGCGAGAUGAAAAAGAUGAAUAUCUUUAAGAAUCGUGAAUCAGCAGCUCAAAAAAUACAAAGACAGGUAAGAAAGUGGCUGAAAGAAAGAAGAACACAUAAAGAACAACCACGUUUACAGACUUCCCAGCUACAGCCAUCUGCUUUUCCUGAUGUGUCUGAGCUAGAGGAACAAGCUGUAAUAUGGAAGAUGAAGCAUCCAGUCAUUGUACCUUUAAAUAGGAAUGAACAGCUCAAACAGUUUGCAGAAACUAAUAAGUUGCUACAGGAAUUUUAUAAUUUUAAACCUUUACGGAUACGACACAGGCAGCGAAUAGAUGCACUCAUAGCUCAAAUAGAAUCUGAUUUCCAGUUAUUGAAAAAACCUCCCAGAAUUGAAGAUGUGACAGUGAAAGAUUUGAAUUUAUACCAGAGCUUUUCUAAGCCAAUCACCACAAAGGCUCAACUGGCUCAUGAGAAAGAAAUAAAGAAGUUAAAUCUCCCAUGGUGGAAGAAAUUUAAUGACAGACAUGACUAAAAAAGCCAAGUUAUAGCUUAUUGAGACACCGUACCAUCUGAGUGUACAUCUGGUCUACUUCACCCUGCUGAAUAUCUCUACUUUUUUUUUGAGAAUUUUACACAUGGUAGCAGUGGAUUAAAACUCUUUUAUUACUUAAAAAA